AUUAGAUCCUGCUCAGUUCGGUCUAUAAUUACCAUAUUGGUUUUCCUCUGUAGGAAUUAUUUCAGGUAUUGGAAUAUCAAUAUUGAAUUUACUUGUUAUUCAUAAGAAAUAAAUUACAUUCGCUGUGCUCGGGUUUGAAUUGCCUGGAGAUAUUGGUAGGCUAUCACGCCUGAUUCUCAGGCAGUUUAUAUCAGAGUACGGCGGAAAUAUUAUUUCUUGUGGAAUUGUAGGAUAUUCUGGACGGGUGUAGGCAGCUCUGCCGGCUGAUUUUUUAUCCGAAUUACAGGUGUUAAGCGUCCAGAGGCUCUUGCGAAUCCACAAGAUUGGCGCCCGAACACAAGACGGUGAAGGAGAGGGAGCUUAUUUCAUCUUAAUAAUCAUAAAUUUAUUUCAGAGAUCGACUUAUCUACGCUUGAGAGGGAGCAGAAAUAUAAAUAUUUCUUUUCAGUGGAGUCGUGGGUCGCCUAGCCAUCAAUACUCUGUUCAAUAUUGUUGUUCAAUUUUAUUUCUUAAUAAUUAUUGAUCGAAUUGAGCAGGUAUUUUUUGUUGCACUAAUGGGGGCUACACGGUGUUACUCUGAUGUAUUAAUCCCUGAAAUGAACAAGCUUGAGGUAGUCGAUUUAUUUAUUAAUUUGUGAUUGUUCAUACACUGGAUAUUAUUUUGAUUGUGUUGAAUUUUAUGUUGAUCAUUACGGUAUAUUAUAUUGUAGAGUAUUAUUGUAUUCUAAAACGUAUUAUUGUCGCGAUUUUGUCUUGCUUUGAAGUUGUGGGAAUUAGUCAGCGGUAUUAAUUCUUCAGAACUACAAGAUAAUUUGCACUGACCUGAUUCUGUUAUUCCAAUUUGCGCGCACCACUAUCAUUCACUCACUAUUUUUCACUUAUUGGAUUUCGUCUACACUUCACUUUUUGGGAGAAUCAUGGCAAACCCCGCCACGGAACUGGAUGGGUCUACCACAUUGUUUACACCGGCAGAUCCUGUCUCACCCGAAGCUCCUCCAAAACCGGCAACCAGCGCGACUUCAGUUGACUUUGAGCGCGGCAUUCGAGAGCGUUUGUCAUCGACUCAGCUAGAGGAAAGUCAGCCAAUACUUAAUUCGGUGCAAUCAUCACCAAUCGCCAACGUCGAUCGGCGCGAGGUAGAUCGUCAAACGUCUUCCAAUGAUGUCGUUGCUGCUGAGUUGGAGACCAAACAGCCGCAGGGGCUGCCAUAUCUACCACCUGGGACGAUCGAAACCAUACUUGAAGUUUUCAAGACCACUGCUGCUGGAAUAGAAAAGAAAUUAGAAGAAACCGGCAAUAGAUUGGACAAGAAAAUAGAAGAAACAAGUAAUAGUUUGGACAAGAAAAUAGAAGAAACCAGUAAUAGAUUGGACAAGAAAGUGGAAGAAAUGACCGCAAACUUUUUGCAACUCAAAAGUAACGUUGAGGAUUUACAUCGAAAAAUGGAUGAAAAACAAAUUGAAGCUAAGAAUUAUACAAAUGAACAAAUACAAACGGUGAGAAGUGAAUUUGGUGAAAGAAUUCUAAACCAACACCGGGAAAAUACUGAAGCAAAUGGUGAAUUGGAGAGCAAGAUUACCCAGGCCAAUGCUAAGCUAGCUCAGAAUGAUGUGAGGUUAGGUGAAUUGGAGGCUCAGCAAACAAAUCACACGGCCCAAAUAAACCAGCUGAGAGCAGAUGUCACACAGAAUUCAGCUGAAACUUUAAAUCCCGAAGUAAUUAAGGGAUUGAAAACUCAGCUAGAUCAAACUAAAGCCGAGUGUCUACAAAUAAAGAAUAGUUUGGCUAACGUUUCUGGUGGUAAUAAUCAUAAUACUGGACAAAUCUUGUCAUCUUUACCAAUAUUUGAUGAUACUGAGUGCACCAUUCAACCACGGGCAUUCAUUCAGCAUUUGCAGGCUAUUGAUUCCGUUACUACUAUACCAUGGAUUACGUGGAGAAUGCAUCUUUUACUAUGUCUACAGAAAGAACCACUGAUACACUUCAGAAGUCGCAUUACUGAAUUCAACUCGUUAAAGGAUUUUAUUGACAACUUCUUAGCUACUUUUUGGUCUCCUGCAAGACAGAGAAAUUUAUUGUCUCACAUCAUUACAUGCAGAUAUGACAAGCAGAAUACGGGGCUGUCCAUGAGUGCCUUUUCAGCCCACAUUCGCUAUUUGAACAAUCUGAUGGAUAAUCCAAUCGAGAAUGGAAAUUUGAUCGAAAUAUUAAUUGGGAAGUUACCUUAUUCCAUUCAGACGGCAUUAAGCUCGCAAAGUUUUGAAUCCUAUGACAAGUUUGAGGCUUGUUUGAGUCGAGUACAGAGUGUAGACGAUAAAUUUGGUUCACGGAAUUUCAAAACAAACCAUCAGAAGGAUGAGAGGUUAGGUGUUGUCGUGAAUGAAGUUGAAACUCCUCAUCGUAAUUAUAAUCGAGGCAGUCAACCGAGUCGACCUCAAAAUAAUAGCCGUGGAUUUGGAGAUAAUCAUCGGAGAAAUUAUAAUGAGGGAAGUUCAUUUAUUCCAAAUAAAUCAGUCGACUCAACUACAACUCCAGAACAAAACAUAAACAGAAGCGAUGACGUCACUCAACCGCAGCCAUCUGUAUCAACAACCAGUUCGUCGCCCAACCAACAAUCUCAGUCCAACAAAAAGCAGUUCCAUUCUAAUAAUCAGAAGGGAAAUAAUUCUCAGCGUCGUAAUAACAAUAAUUGACAACCAGUUUCGACUGUCUCUGGCAUCAAUC